GGCUCUGAGCCUGUAGCCCAAAGAUGGGAGUACUGCUGCACUGUAAUCCUCCACUCUUUAAACUCAGCUUCUGGAAAACUGACCCAAGGUGCACAAACUCAUCCAUCUAAAUCGGUUAUAUGUAGCUGAUGAACUUCUGAAACCUUUGUGUAGCCACUAUGAGUCGCAGUGUGCUACGAAACAAAAGCAAUGGAUUGCUCGGUGACGAAGAAGGGUGAUUUCUUUUCAGCUCUUACUGAUAUGAGCUGUGUGCUUAGUCAUGUUGACUGGCUGCCUGACUGCUCUGUGUCAGUGGACUGUUUCCCGGAGAUACACUUCAGCUUCGUAUAGUAAAAUGGAUAAUACCUACACAUCCAAACCAAACGGAGAAAACACAAAUGUCAUCAGAAUUUCGGUGUUUCUGUUUCUGGCAGGCUUUCACCCAGUACUGUCUUCAGAUGGAAAGCCCUCUCAACUGGCUGACAGUGGCUUGAAACCAGUCAUUAUUGGCCCAAACUAUGUGACGGUGGGUGUGCCAAGCAGCAUUGAGUGUGGUUCCAGUUGUGGGCCAUGUACCUACUCCAUGUCUCUGGAUGGACAGAGCGCCGUGGGUCAAAGCAACAUGCUAGCCUUUACUAUUAAUAGUUGGGUACCUUCUUUAACAGUGACAUGUACAGUCUCAGACGACAAGGGGCUGAGUGCUACGGCAACAAAGAACAUCCAGGUGUUAGCUGGACCUACCAAUGUUUCCAUUUCAGGCCCCAGUUUGAUGAAUCCCACAGUGAGCCAUACCUAUAAUUGCUACGCGUACUGUCACCCAUCCUGCUACUACAGCUGGAGGACAGAUAAAGGCCCAUGGAUACGUGGUCAAGGAAAUGUUGUUUCUAUCACUCCUCGGGAGAUGGACACCUCCAAAACGGUCACCUGCAAAGCCACCAAUAACGUGUCUGGGCUGUUUGCCACUGCUACUCAAAACAUAGCUGUGACAUUUGGACCAUCAAAGGUUCAGAUUGAAGGCCCAGACGUUGUAGAAAUUGCGGAAACGUAUAAAUACGUGUGUACUGCUGAAUGUCACCCGUCUUGUCGCUUCCUGUCGUCUGUGGACAGUCAGACCGUGAGGGGCAAUGUGAUCGAGAUGACAGUGGAUCAUCCGCUUAAAUCGGUGACUCUCAAGUGUGAAGCACAAAAUACUGCCUCAAGGAAGACAGUUACAGCCCUAAAAACUGUACGGAUGAAAGUGAUAGACCGCAGUCUGUCCACUCGCCCUGAAGAAACUUCAGCCCUGCUGCUCCUGGCCUUCGGCAUUUCUGCUGCCUUCACACUGUGAUUGAGUAUGGAACAGAUCUUUUUUAGGCACUGAGGAUCAGUUUUGUGAAGAAAUGGCGCUGAAUUGCUGACUCACCUGUAGUCUAGUGCACGUUGAUUUUAUGCAUUUGCCUCACAUGUUGAUAAUAGGCGGAUCCCUGUUUGUACUUGAUAAAUGAACUUGAAAGGUUGUCAAUAUCAAAGUAUGCGAAGGGAGUGUGCGGACAAAGCUGACAUUCUUCUGCACUGAUACAAUUUAAAUGUGUACAAAGAACACAUUCUUCUUCUGACAUGUACAAAAUUAUCAUCUCUAUUAAUAAAAACGGACCUACUCUGGAACUCCAUGACAAAUAUACUAAUGCCGGCUUUACUAGUCGUUUUUUUUAAUGGUUUGGGUCAAACUAGAGGCAAACACUUAUAUCUUUAUAAUCAGUGCUAAAAUAAAUCAUAAAUAAUCACUAUUAAUCCGUGUGUGGUGUUAUCAGCUUUACUACAGGAGCUGAAGCUUCUGAAAAGGUAGAAGUAUUUCUAGAUCUAGACAAGCUGUUUAAAUCAUAAAGACGUAAAAUAUAUUUAUAUAAAGCGCCUUGAGGCGACUGUUGUUGUGAUUUGGCGCUAUAUAAAUAAAAUUGAACUGAAUUGAAAAAUUGAAUAUUGUUCAGUUACAAAAGUUGUACCUGGGAAAUUUUUGCUAUGUCACCCAAUCAAACCAUCAACAAAAGAGAAAAAGCUGGUGAAGUCACACAUACUUCAGUCAUCUCAGUUUCCUACUAAAUCAGUAAAUAAGAAAAAUUAAUUUAAUGAGAAAAAAACUUUUUUUAGUGUUACAUUUUUAAAGGUGAUGGGUGGCAGCUGUGUUUCACUUGGCCUUAGCAAGAUUUAAAGCCAGGAGAAAAUAUGAAAAAGUUCAAAUUUCUAUUAUUCAU